GUGUGUUUGCCCGCCACUCGGAGAGCAGCGCUCAAGGGCCCCAAGCGGGCUGAGAGGGGGGACACCCCCGCCCGCAAGAGAGGGGACGGCAUCUGGGGUCCGGCGGGAGCGAGCGGGGCGGCGGCCCCUCUUCCCGGGUCCAGCGCCUCGCGGCGUCCCCGCGGCCGGCAGACCGCGCCCCGGCCCCGCCCCGCGCUCCGGCCCCGCCCCGCGCUCGCGACUAGCCUCCCGGGCUCGGAACCGGCCGGUGACCGCGCCGAGAGCCCUCCUCCCCCGCCGCCAGCCCGCCACCCGCCCGGCCGGUGGGUGGGCGCGGGGCCGCCUGGACCGCUGGCGGCGGCGACUCGGCGACCUUGGCCCGGAGGCUCCAGCGGGACCCACCAAUUGCGGCGGCGGCGGCGCGGACUUUGCCCCGCGCGGGGUGCGGGCGGACCGUGAGUCCGCGGGCCGGCCGUGGAGAUGUUGGCAUUCGCGGUCAGGACGGCGCCCAGGCAAGUGGCUGCCUCUUGCUAGGUUCUGCUCGCCCACUUGGUAGCACAGUUAGGCUUAGACAUCCAGCCCAAGGCAGACAGACAGGGCUCAGAACCUCAGUCCUGCCAUGGAGGACGGGCAGCAGAAAGAGAAGGUGAAGCCCCUGGGCUUCCUCAAGCCCUCCUCCCUGACGAAGGUUGCCAGCCGCUUCAAGGCACACCAGGAGUCUCUGCCACGGCUGCCCGUGCCCCCGCUCCAGCAGACCCUGGACCAUUACCUGAAGACCCUGCAGCCCAUCGUGAGCGAGGAGGAAUGGGCCCACACCAAGCAGCUGGUGGAAGAGUUUCAGGCUGCAGGGGGGGUCGGAGAGCGCCUGCAGAAGGGCCUGGAGCGCAGGGCCAAGAAGAUGGAGAACUGGCUGUCCGAGUGGUGGCUCAAGACGGCCUACCUCCAGUACCGCCAGCCCCUGGUCAUCUACUCCAGCCCCGGCCUGGUGCUGCCCAGGCAGGACUUUGUGGAUCUGCAGGGACAGCUCCGGUUUGCUGCCAAGUUCAUCGAGGGUGUGCUGGAUUUCAAGGCCAUGGUUGACAAUGAGACCCUCCCCGUGGAGUACCUGGGCGGGAAGCCGCUGUGCAUGAACCAGUACUAUCAGAUCCUGUCCUCCUGCCGCGUGCCAGGCCCCAAGCAGGACUCGGUCAUCAACUUCAGCAAGACCAAGAAGCCGCCCAUGCACAUCACCGUGGUGCACAACUACCAGUUCUUUGAGUUGGACGUGUACCACAGCGACGGGACGCCCCUCACCGCGGACCAGCUCUUCGUGCAGCUGGAGAAGAUCUGGAACUCGUCGCUGCAGACCAACAAAGAGCCCGUGGGCAUCCUCACCUCCAACCACCGCAACUCCUGGGCCAAGGCCUACAACACCCUCAUCAAAGACAAGGUGAACCGGGAGUCGGUACGCUCCAUCCAGAAGAGCAUCUUCACCGUGUGCCUGGAUGCCGUCAUACCUCGGGUCUCAGAGGACAUGUACCGCAGCCAGGUGGCCGGCCAGAUGCUGCACGGGGGCGGCAGCAAGCUCAACAGCGGCAACCGCUGGUUUGACAAGACGCUGCAGUUCAUCGUGGCAGAAGAUGGCUCCUGUGGGCUCAUCUAUGAGCACGCAGCAGCAGAGGGGCCGCCCAUCAUCUCCCUCGUGGACCACGUCAUCGAGUACACGAAGAAGGCUGAGGUCGUGCGGUCUCCCAUGGUACCCCUGCCCAUGCCCAAGAAGCUGCGGUUCAACAUCACCCCCGAAAUCAAGAAUGACAUUGAGAAGGCCAAGCAGAAUCUUGGCAUCAUGAUCCAGGACCUGGACAUGAUUGUGACCGUGUUCCACCACUUCGGGAAGGACUUCCCCAAGUCGGAGAAGCUGAGCCCUGACGCCUUCAUCCAGAUGGCGCUCCAGCUGGCCUACUACAGGAUCUACGGGCAGGCGUGUGCCACGUACGAGAGCGCCUCCCUGCGCAUGUUUCACCUGGGCCGCACUGACACCAUCCGCUCAGCAUCCACGGAAUCGCUGACCUUUGUCAAAGCCAUGGAUGACUCCAGUGUGCCGGAGCCCCAGAAGGUGGAGCUGCUGCGGAAGGCCGUGCACGCCCACCGCGCCUACACCGACCGGGCCAUCCGCGGGGAGGCCUUCGACCGGCACCUGCUGGGCCUGAAGCUGCAGGCCAUCGAGGACCUGGUGAGCAUGCCUGACAUCUUCAUGGACACCUCCUACGCCAUCGCCAUGCACUUCAACCUCUCCACCAGCCAGGUCCCCUCCAAGACGGACUGCGUCAUGUUCUUCGGGCCUGUGGUCCCAGACGGCUAUGGCGUCUGCUACAACCCCAUGGAGUCGCACAUCAACUUCUCGGUGUCGGCCUACAACAGCUGUGCCGAGACCAACGCUGCCCGCAUGGUGCACUACCUGGAGAAGGCGCUCCUGGACAUGCGCGCGCUGCUGCAGAGCCACCCCCGGGCCAAGCUCUGAGCGUGCUCCGCCUGCCCGUGCCACGGCCAAACCUCUUCAGAUGGGCCACCCACCAGGGCUCCCCGUUGUCCCUCUCCCCCUGGGCCCCGCAGAUCCGACCAAGCCAACGUUGACCCCCCCCCAGGGGCCUGCAGGCCCACGCCAGAUGCCUUCCCGGGUCCCCAGCGUCGUGGCUGUGCUCAGAGGCUGAGCAGGACAGAGGCCCAGGCGCCCCAUGUAUCGCCCAGAGCAGCCUUCCUCUGGGAAAGGAACCGGUCACCUCCUUCCCCACCAGGAGACUGGGAAGCCUCCUGAUAGUUCAGCUCUGGCCAGUCCCUGCCAUCUGGGCUGAUCCGUGCUCCAAUCCCAAACGCCCGAGGACCUCAAGACAGGACUAUCUGGAGUGGGGGACUCCAGGCCUCCCCAAGGCCGAGGCCAGGGUGCAAGGCGGACUGGGGCCGGGCCGUCUCCCACAGGACUGCCCUACUCUUGUGGAGAAUAUGGCUCAAGAGCCCCAGCGCCCUCGCGCCCACUGUUGAUUCCUGAACCAUGUUCCUGGUUAUGUGACAGUACCAGGCGAGGUAAUUAAUAAAGGGAAAGUGUCCUAGUGAA